UGUCGCGGGGUUGAGAGAACAGCUAACGAGAGGCCUUCGAACACUCGCUUCGCGUUCUCCAGUUUGUGCGUGCGGUUCUGCGCGAUCAUCAACCGAUCGCUGAAUUCGAUUUUCCACGUUUAUUUCCACCGAAAAUAGAUCGAGCUUAUAGGAAAUCGGUGAUUGAUUAAUAUCGCAAAUUGUCAAAUAUCGUAAAAGAAAAGAAUUUACAUCAAAAAAAAAAAAAAAAAAAAUGAGAACUCACGCAGUUCUGAGCGGAAUAAUCGUGCUGAUGAUUAGUUUUGUCAUUGGAGACAAACUUGAUCUGUCUGUUCCGUGCACAAGCGAGAAGGAUUGUAGAAGCAUGCAAGCAUUCCCGAGAGACGCUUUUUGCGAAGACGGACAUUGCAUGUGUCCGAGUUCAAACAAUGAAACUAAUAUCUGCCUCAAUGCAUCCUCAUAUCAACUUACUCCAAGAAAAAAAGGUCCAUUGGUCUAUCGAACAUGCAAACACAAUCAAGACUGUGCGUUCUUUCAAGGAGUUUGCAACACUACCAACAGUCAAUGUGAUUGCGCGAAAGGCUACGUAGCGUCGAGCAAUCAUCAUCAAUGCGUCGAAGUGGUUCAGUCGAUGAAUGCCACCUGCACAGAUGAGAAUCAGUGCAAAGGGUUUUUGGCGAACACUAUUUGCGCGAAGAACGGAACGUGCGUUUGCAAAUCGGGUUAUCGUUACGAGGACAACGUAUGUGUGAAACUACCUGAAUACGGACAAUCUUGCGUAAAAGAUGAGGAGUGCCCGCGCAUCGAAGGCGUUGUAUGCGUAAACAAUACGGUAUGCGAAUGCCGAUCCGAAACGGUGUUGGGGGCGAAUAAUGAAAAAUGUCUGCCUGUUGUCACAAACAUUUUGAACAAUUGCACGGAGUCGGUGCAGUGUACGGCGAGAUUCCGGAAUUCAAAUUGCACGAACAACACGUGCCGUUGCGAUCCGGGUUAUCAUUACGCGAACGAUCCGGAUCAAUGUGUUGUUACGAAAGCGAUCGAUGAAGACUGCACAAACGAAUACGAGUGUUAUCAGACGGAGGACGAUACGAACGACUCCCCGAACAAGUCUCUGACAUGUGCGGAUAAUAAAUGCACGUGUGCCGUCAAUUAUCACAGGCAAGAAAAUCGAUGCGUGAAUAACGAAUCCUACGCGGAAUGUAAAUAUGACGACGACUGUAUUGCAAACGCGUAUUGCCGGAAUCAAACGACGUGCUCGUGCAAAGAUAAUUACAUCGAGUACAGGAUUAACAACAGCUCAAAAAAUACAACAAUGUGUCUGAGAGUGGCCACUUAUCUCGGCGAUCCCUGCAAGGAGGACAUCCAGUGUAAAUUCACGUUCACAGUACAAUCGGAAUGUCGAGCGGGCGCUUGUCGAUGCGCCCACGAUUCUCACUUCUCGGACGGGAGGUGUUACAAAUCCUCGGGUUUAGGAGACCCUUGCCUCUUGAAUCGCAACUGUAUUGUUAUAAACUCGUUUUGCGAGCACAGUGUCUGCAAAUGCGGACUGCGUCUUCACGCGAAUUCUAACAACACCAGCUGUAUAUCGAGCGCCAAAUUGGGAGAAAUCUGUGAAAGCGACGACGAGUGCGUCGUCGAAAAUUCCAAGUGUAUAAAAAACAGAUGCGACUGCAAUGUGAAAUCCGUGAUAUCCAACGACGGUCGUCGAUGUUUGAAGUCAGCUUCUCUGAUCGGCGAGGAGUGCGAGCAGCACUCGCAGUGUCAGCUGUUCCUGAAGCAUAGCCAAUGCGGCUCGAACAAAAUGUGCGAGUGCGCUGCCGGUUCGCACAAACGUGGCUAUCGUUGCUAUGCCGACGUCGAAUUAGGCGGACUUUGUGAUACUCAUCAUCAUUGCGUCACCAGAAGCUUCAGAGACUUCAAUUUAACUUUGAAAUCGAAAGUAGAUUGCGUAAACGGUUUUUGCACUUGUACCGAAGGCUACACGUUGACGGAAGAGCUGCAAGACUGCAUUCAAUUCAGCGAUAAUGGUGCGACAAGAUGGCAAGCGCAUGGAAUAUUUCUUAUUAUUCUUAUCACGAGAUUUCUUGUGUAGUAAAAAAUGAUAAAUUUCUAUAUGCGGAG